ACACUUGCCCUCUCACUCACUUUCGAUAACGCUCUCUCAAUUCUCUUUGUUCUUGUUCUUCUUCCCUCUCUGUUUCUCUCUCAUUUCAAACCCAUCAAUCAAAUCCUCCUUCAAAUUCCAAGAACUUUAACUAGCUUUUCCCUCUCUUUCUCUUUAAUCCUUGUGUUUUCCCCCUUUUUCUUUUCGAGCGUAAUUUUUGUUUUUCGCUUUCUUGGUGAUUCUCACGCCAAGAAGGCUGAAGUUUGAACACGGAAAAUUAGGACAGAAUAUUGUUAGCCCUCUUUGAAUUUGAAUCUGAAAUUCUCAACUGGGUUCGAUCCGACAUGUCCGCCCAUAAUCGCCGUCCGUCGUUCUCUUCGUCGACGUCCUCUUCGUUGGCCAAGCGACAAGCGUCGGCGUCGUCGUCGGACAAUGUCGGGAAGGUUAUGGCAGUUCCGCCACACUUGGCGAAGAAGCGAGCGCCACUCGGUAACCUCACGAAUCUUAAGAAUGGUUCUCACAGUGCGGCGAAAAGCUCUGUUCCGCCUGCUAUUAUGGUACCUUGUGCAUCAAAAAUUGUCAAGGCCAGAAAGGGUUCCCCUGCUAGAACUCGUAGCACAAACUUGCCAGCAAAUAAUACGCCCGCCUUGGCAUUGCUUGAUGUCAAAACAAAUAAUGUGCCUGCCCUGCUCCAUGUCAAAACGAAUAAUACACCGAGUGUAGUUGCCCCUAGCAAUGUUACAGCAUUCUCUAGGAAUGCUGCCACCACCGUCUCUAGUAGUAUGGAUGUCUCUCCGACUAAAUCAGAUGGAGUUUCAGUUUCUUUAGAUGAAACUAUGUCUACGUGUGAUUCUUUCAAGAGUCCCGAGGUCGAAUACAUGGACAACAAUGAUGUCCCAGCUGUUGAUUCCGUUGAGAGGAAAACUAAAAUCAGUCUAUGCAUUUCAGAUCACGCACCACCAGUGAAAGGUAGUAUAUGCAAUAGAGAUGUACUUGCAGAAAUGGAAACAGAUGGCGGUAUUGUCGAUCUCGAUACUGAUUUCAUGGAUCCCCAACAAUGUGCUACAAUCGCUUGUGAUAUUUACAGGCACUUAAGAGCAUCUGAGGCAAAGAAAAGGCCGUCCACAGACUUCAUGGAAAAGGUUCAGAAGGACAUAAGUUCAAAUAUGCGUGCCAUACUGAUUGAUUGGCUUGUGGAGGUAGCAGAGGAGUAUAGGCUUGUGCCAGAUACUCUAUAUUUGACCGUGAACUACAUAGAUCGAUACCUAUCUGGAAACUCGAUGGAUCGACAAAGGUUACAGUUGCUUGGAGUUGCUUGCAUGAUGAUUGCUUCAAAAUAUGAAGAGAUCUGUGCACCUCAAGUGGAAGAAUUUUGUUACAUAACUGAUAACACAUAUUUUAAAGAAGAGGUAUUGCAAAUGGAAUCUUCUGUUUUGAAUUACUUGAAGUUCGAAAUGACAGCUCCAACAGCAAAGUGUUUCUUAAGACGAUUCGUUCGUGCUGCUCAAAGCGCCACCGAUGAGGUUUCAUCAAUGCAGUUGGAAUGCUUGGCCAACUUCCUCGCCGAAUUGUCUCUUUUAGAAUACAGUAUGCUCUGCUACACCCCAUCGCUUAUAGCCGCCUCCGCAAUUUUUUUGGCAAAGUUCAUGCUUCUCCCGAAUGAGAGACCAUGGAACUCCACAUUGCAGCAUUAUACACAUUACCAGCCAUCCGAUCUCGUCGACUGCAUUAAGGACUUGCAUCGCCUCUGCUGCAACAGCCAAAAUUCUAGCUUACCAGCCAUCAGAGAGAAAUACAGCCAACAUAAGUACAAGCACGUGGCAAAGAAGUACUGCUCCCCGUCGAUACCCCCGGAGUUCUUCCAGAAUCAAACACACUAGAUUUGUACACCAAUGUACUGUUGGAUAGUAGCUGCCUGACUUAACAGCAGAAUAGAGACUAGAGAAGACUAGAGACAUAAAAUGCCCCUCCCUCCACCCAUUUUUGUGGAUCUGCUUCCCCACUUUGAAUUGGAAGGGUUCUCUUCAUAGCUUUGAUGUAGGCCAAUGCCACUGGCUUUUCUGCAUAAAGUCGUUAUCUCGGCGGUUUUUUGGUAACGUUGUAGCGAAUUAUGGAAUACCAAUAUGGCUGAGAUUUGUACAAAGAAAAGAAGUUCAUCAUAAGCUUAUCAUCCUUCCUCUUAAUUUGAUGAUACUAAGAGCAUUACAUUACAAUGAUGGGGCAGCCAAGAAAUGUCUUUUAACAGUAGAUAAUUAGUACAAACUAUGGAAGAAUAAAAAAGUACUCCAUUAUUUAUGUACCAAAUUUUCAGUUAUAUUAACACUAGUAAUCUUCCACUGAAAAGAGACUAUCUGCAGCUGCCAUCUGUUUGAGGUAUUGUUUAGAGAAUGGGUUUUGGGCUCGGGCCCAGUGGGCAUUAGCGGCUGCAUUGAGGCCCGGUUAAGCCGGGCCCAAUACCAUUAUUUGGCUUUUGAUUGAGCCAGUGGCAAUCUUCAAAGCCGCAGGGUGCCACGUCAUGUAGGCUCUCCACGUUUACAGGAUUUAUGUAACGUGGGCUCCACGCGGGAGUUCCGUCCUCGUAGGAGUUGUGCGUCAGCCUCUGAAGAUCGGAGCCGUCCAAUUUGAUGGUGAAGAUCUCACCGUAGGGUUGAUAGUGAUGUGGGUUCGAGA